AUGGAAAAUGAGCUUCACAACAUGAGGAAGGAGGUGGACGAACUAAAAAGUGCUAUGAAGGACAAAGGCGGACAGAAUUCGGAUGGGAUGAUUCAAAGGACGGACUCACCCUUCACCACUGAAGUACUGAACCGUCCCCUCCCACCAAAAUUCCAUCUCCCACAGUUGGAGUCAUAUGACAAUUCCAAAGAUCCCUUGGAUCGCAUUAAAUCAUUCAAGACGCUGAUGUUAUUACAGAUGACCCCAGACAAAAUGAUGAGUAGGGCAUUCCCAACAACACUGAAGGGAGCAGCCAAAGGAUGGUUCAGCAAGAUACCCCCAGGAACUAUUGUAGACUUUGAACAACUCAGCAAGGGUUUUGUUCAUCAUUUCAUUGGGGGGCAAAGGCACAAAAAGCCAACUGGCCAUCUUCUCAACGUUCAGCAAGCAGAAGGAGAAUCACUAAGGCAAUACGUAACUCAGUUCAAUAAGGAGUUGCUGCAGGUAGACGAAGUUGAAGAUCAAGUCAUCCUAACAACUUUCCAAGCAGGAUUGCUACCAGGAGAUUUCUUCUUCUCAAUCACUAAAAGUCCACCAAAAACAGUAGCAAAGUUACUCCAUAAAGCUCAGAAGUACAUGAAUGCAGAGGACACAGUGGUCGUAAAGGAGAUGAAAGGGAAAAGGAAGAGAGACGAAGGAACAAACAGCAAUCGGGAGAAGAAAAAGGAGACACGAAGGGCAGACAGACCAUAG